AACUUUUGAUAUACAUAUAUAAUGGUAUAAUAACAUAAGCGCGAUGAAACCUAACAUUUUGCAUAAAAAAGAAAUAAUAAUAAAUUGUAUCUCAUUCCCCCCAUACAUUAUGAAAGGUCGUUGUAUUUCCAAUAACUACAAGUCUUUCGUUUGCAAAUGUUGUUUAUGUUUACAGAUAGUAACUAAAGAGUAUUAACACAAAGUACUUUCUGUAGAUUUAGCUCGGGAUAAUAUGACAUAACUUUCACCGAAACGUUGAAUAAAGUAUUAUAACCCGUUUUGUUUACAUUAGACUUGUAUUGGUUACUAAAUUACUUGUCGUAUGACAACCGGCGUCGCGCAGCCUCGGCUUGAAAGUUGGGGACAAAAUUCAAUAACGAAUUGGCCAUUUUAUUGAUGGCCGGGGGGGAGGCUGGGUGGAGACAGUCGGUCGGUGGCAGAAGUUGAAAAUGGGGGAGCAAAGAGGUCGCCAUUAGUUUCCCAGCACAUUGGGGCGUAGGCGUCGGGGGUGUGGCACGGGGCGUGGGGGUCCCCGUGCCACCCCCUGGCGACCUACUCGCCACUAUCUCCAUGUUCGAACAGCAGAUAAAGGCUGAACCCAUGAGUUUCUACACAUCUCAUCCACACGUACACACCGGUCCCCCAACAAUAAUUCGGUCAGAUUCAAGCCAUGCCUCUAUCAUCAACAUGAACCAGCAUCACCAAACACACCAGGAGGAUUCUAAAGAUAGCCUCAUAGUACAACAGCAAGUACAACACCAGCAAGAUCUCAUGGAACAACACCAGCAACAACAAGAAAUGCAACAACAAGACGAUGAGUUGAGCUUCAAAGGCAUGGAAGAUGAAGGAGUUGAAAUGGAUAUGGAUGGACGACAAUGUUCUCAGGGUAUGGGGGUGGAUAUGGGAUCAGUACAAACUAAAAUGGAAGUAUCAAAUGGUGGACAGUCGACGCCUCGAUCUAAGCCACAGGCCUGUAAGGUGUGUGGCAAAGUUCUGUCGUCAGCUUCUUCAUACUAUGUCCACAUGAAGCUCCACUCAGGAAACAAACCCUUUCAGUGCACUGUGUGCGAUGCAGCUUUUUGCCGCAAGCCGUACCUAGAGGUGCACAUGCGCACCCACACGGGCGAGCGCCCAUUCCAAUGCGACCUCUGCCUCAAGCGAUUCACGCAGAAGUCCAGUCUCAACACGCACAAACGCGUGCACACAGAUGAGCACAUGCGCGCGUUGAUGGUGAAGGACCGGCCCUACAAGUGUGAGCUCUGUCAGAUGCGGUUCACGCAGAGCUCCAGCCUCAACCGACACAAGAAAAUUCACACGGAGGAACACAGACGUGCGCUGCUGGCUAAGGAUCGGCCCUACCAAUGCGGCAUCUGCUUUGUGAGAUUCACCCAGAAAUCAAGUUUGGGCCGGCACGGAAAAAUACAUACCGAGGAGCACAGACGAGCCCUGUUAGAGAAAGUGCGGCCGUACCAGUGCCACAUCUGUUUUAUGCGCUUCACUCAGAAGUCCAGCCUGGGACGACAUGGGAAAAUACACACUGAGGAGCACAUCCAAUCGCUGAUCAACAAAGUGCGCCCCUAUCAAUGCGACAUCUGUGACAAGCGGUUCACUCAGAAGUCCAGCCUUGGCACUCAUAAACGUAUACACACCGGGGAGCGGCCGUUCCAGUGCACCGUCUGCCUCAAGUCCUUCACGCAGAAGUGCGCGCUCAAUUUGCACGAAAAAAUACAUACGGUCCAGGGCAGACCGUUCCAGUGCCUGUCGUGCCCAGCCGCCUUCACCUGCAAGCAAUACCUGGAGAUACACACGCGCACCCACACCGGCGAGCGGCCCUAUCAGUGCGACAUCUGCCUGAAGCGCUUCACACAGAAAUCCAGUCUCAACAUCCACAAGCGGACGCACUCAGUGCAGGGGCGGCCCUUCCAGUGCCUGCAGUGCCCCGCCGCCUUCACCUGCAAGCAGUACCUCGAGAUACACAACCGCACGCACACCGGCGAGCGCCCCUACCAGUGUGACGUAUGCCUCAAGAGAUUCGCGCAAAAAUCUACACUCAAUAUACACAAACGAACGCACACAGUGCAAGGGCGUCCGUACCAAUGCAUGGAGUGCCCGGCGGCGUUCACUUGCAAGCCGUACCUGGAGAUACACAUGCGUACGCACACGGGGGAAAGGCCGUUCGAGUGCGAUGUCUGUUACAAACGCUUCACGCAGAAAUCCACGCUCAACAUUCACAAGCGAAUUCAUACCGGUGAACGCCCAUAUGCUUGUGAUAUUUGUCAGAAACGUUUUGCUGUAAAGAGCUACGUAACAGCGCACAGAUGGUCCCACGUGGCCGACAAGCCGCUGAACUGCGACCGGUGCUCGAUGUCGUUCACGUCCAAGUCUCAGUUCGCGCUGCACAUCCGCACGCACUCCACCGGCUCGUGCUACGAGUGCAGCGUCUGCGGACGCUCCUUCGUCAGGGACAGCUAUCUAAUAAGACACCACAACCGCGUCCACCGCGAGAACCAUAGCAACGUGUCGGCGAACAGCAUCGGCACCAUCAACAGUGUUGCCACCAACACCAACAAUUCUAACAACAGCAACUUCGACUCCCCCGGCGUUUGUGACUUAAGCUUUGUACCAAUGGUGAAUCGUUACAUGACAUCCCAAGGGACCCAAGUGUCCAUGCAAGACACAAGCAAAAUGUCAGCGAUGUCGCCACAGUCUAUUGCGUCUAUUUCGUCGCCCCCUCCUUCGCAUACCCCUACGCCGCAGCCCCAGAUGUCCGGUCAGUUGCAUCUCGCAGACUGAUCACCAAGUUAGCUCUCGGUUGAACAGCAUGCAGCCAGAGUGCAAUAUUAUAUAUUUGGCAGCCAUCAACAAGAGCAGCUAUCAUUGAUAAUGAUGUAAUCGAGCAGGAGACAGGCAGCUCCUCGCUAGGAUCGUCAGCAUGGACUCAUGCAGUCUUAUUUGUUUAUUAUAUUUGGAGUUAUUUAUUUAUACUGUUGAUUUGGUCGGGCGUGGUGUGAGCUAGAAGUGUCCGCGUGGACUGCAGAGCGCAGGAUCGAGUUGGUUUCGUUACGCUUGUGGAAUCCCUCGAGAACACCCGGUGGACAUCACAAUAGAGACGAGGAUGUAGUGAGUAGUCACGUAGCGGUACCGCCUAUGAUAAUAUAUGCAUUGUGAUUUAUACCUACAACUGUGAUUUAUCUAUACCAUCACAUGAUUAUAUUAAUUUCCGUGGUGGCGUUCAUAAAUCAAUACUUAAAAGUCUCAUCAUGAUAGUUUGUAGGCCUAAAAUUUUGAUCUCAUAUUCUAAUUUGCUUAGUGAUAAAUUUUGGAAUCGUAAAUGGUAAAUCUCCAACUUAAAAAAUUCUAAAUUUUAAUGUUCGUCAUUCGCUUAUCAUCGUCAUACCCAUCCUUCAUUAGUUGUAGAGAAAUGUAACAAUAUCUUAUUGCGAUGCUUUAACUUAGAACGUGUCAGUGUAUAUGGAAGUUCAGUAAUUUUAUAUAAAGCUGUUACCGACGAGUGGUAAUGUAUUUUGAUCGCUGAAGAAUAUAAAGGACUCUAGAUAAUACUCCUCAAGGCUAAUCCAUAAGAAUACUUUAAAUAAAAAUCAGGUUUCAUAUAAAAAAAAUAAUAAUAAUAGUAAAUGAUAAGUACAAAUAAUAAUCCCAUAAACUAGCAGAGUCCUGAGAGGCAAUAUUGAAAGCUUCACAAAAUUAAUAACUUUUAAUAUGAUGUUUAUUGGAGAAAUCCAGAGAAGUGCCUGUUGCAACAUAAAAUUGGCAAUAUUUUUUAAACGUAUUACGUUCAGACUAAAGUUAUGUUCAGUGUUCAAUGUGUGGGAGAGCGCGGAGGCCGGCCGGAGUCCGCGCUGUACGUCUCACAGUAAUAAGUGAGGCGUACUGGUUGUUAGGAGUCGUAGCUGUAUCUUGUGGGCGUUUCAUAAACAGAGAGCAUAAUUUGUGAAGCUUCUUACUAAAACUUUGUGUGCCUUCUAGCGGAUAGCGACAUUAGGCAAUAUCAAUCAUAACACCAUUGAUAAACUUCAUUUAUAUUUUUCAAAUUUCUGAUGAGAUUAAAUAUUCACUUUAAAGUGUAGUCAUCAUAAACAUUGUUACAUAAUUAUUUACCCAUUUAGGAUAUCGCAAUAUAUAUACAUAUAUAUGUAACAAACGUAUUUUGGCAAGAGGCAUAACUUUACUGUUUUUCGAAUAAUAGUAAUAAUGAAUAGUGUAUAGUGCAGUAGUCUUCCAAUACCUUGAGACAGUUCUUGCGCACUGAGUAGUGCAGCUAAAGUGUCCGCUGCGGGGGUUCCUUAUGGUUUGCCAUUAUUGAUAUCAAAGAUAGAUUGGUGCCAUUUCUAUGUAAAUGAUGUGGUAGAGUAAGUUUAGUUAAGUCUGCAGGUCAGGGUAGAACUGGAAAUAAAAUAUUGUAAGAGCUCUAAUAUGUAAUACAUAGUGUUAAACCGACAUUUAUACCUAUUGUUUUACAACUUCCCGUGUUGUUAAUUUUGAUGCAUUAUUUUAUUUCCAUGAUGUAUGUGUCCAUGUGCUGGUUCAGCAAAUGUAAAUAAAUAUUGGUAGUGUUUAUUUAUUCAAGUAUAUCGAGGUGAAAACCAUUCAAAAUUAUAAUAAGUGUAUGAUUUGUAGGAAUGUCUCAUUCUACGGUCAUACCAAAUAUCGAACUGAGAAUAUAAUUGGAAUUAAUGUUAGAUUUAGCGCAGAACUAUACUUUGGGUACUAUAAAGAUCAAAAUUUCUUGUAGAUGUACAUAAGUAUACAUAUAAUAAUAUAUACAUAUGAAUGUUGUUUGAUAGUCCUCAAUAUUUUUUUAUAUUUUGAUAGUUCUGUAUUUGAUGGAAACACGAAAAAAAUAGGCCAAUAUCUCAUUAUCAUUUUAAAAUAAUAAAUGUGUACACCGUAUGUUAAGAUAAAGUAAAAUAUGAUGAGGAUGCAUUUAGUUGCCCACAAAUGUAAGAGUAACAUCUAAACUUUUCCGUAUAUUAAUAAACUUUUAAACGUUUUUAGUAAGUUUCUUACCAAGCCAUUGAUAACAGUAUUAUUUAGACAAACUAGAACUUGGGUUUAAAGAGUAGUAUAAAUCUUUCAGCUACCAUUAUAAAAGAUCACCAUUGAAAUUUUAAAACCAUAGUUAUCAAUAGUUUGUAUGUAACAGCAUUGGUAGGGACGACAAGUUUUAGGUGCCAUCCAAUGCUGAUUACCUUAUAUAAUUAUAUUAUCCAUAGAUAUUAUUGAUGGAAAUAGAAACACCAACAUAGUGACCUAGUACAUAAAUACAUAUUUUAAAUAUAUUGAUGUCCCUCAGUUUUCCUAACGCUCGGCAAGGGUGAUUGUUUCUUUUUGAAUUCUAGGAUUAGUAAUAUAUUUUUGUUAUUAUUAUAUUAUGUUCACUGUCUUUAUGAUUGUUUUAUCUUUAUUAUUAUUGCAUUACCCUAUCGUUACUUCACCCUAGCCGAGUGAGCUGGCGAGUCGAGGACACGCGGUCCUUGUUAAUUACGAGAUGUACUCUGGAUUCUUAAUUCUACACGCAGAGUAUAAUUCAUAUAUUUAUAUUGAUAAGAGGAGAACUUUUCGGUGAAUGUUUCGUAAUAAAUAAGGACCCUAAAAAUAACCGUGAAGGCCACACUUUGCAACUGAUUUCUAAGAGCUGCUAAGUAUACGUUGGAUUUGCAAUUUGUGUGCCUUCGUUGGCAACUAUUUUACAUACCGAUGUUAGUUAACCUAUUUUAAGAAGUGAAUAAUGAUACCCUUGAAUUUACGUAAUUGUGAAAGUGGUGAUGAUUUGUUUCUCUUUGUCUACUUAUUUUUUUAAACCGUAGAAAAGACUGAGGAAUUCACAACGUUAAAAAGAAUACUCACGCGAUAAAAUUGGCAGUGUUGGUUUGUGUUGUUGUUAUUUUGUUGUUAACAUCGGAGUGGUUGUGGUUGACGGACCAACCAGUUUCUUUCUUUGUAAGCCGUUAUUGAAUUUUGGUUAGAGAAAAUCGUACAUAUCCUUCCCCGUGAAUGUAUAACGUAUACUUCCCUCGUCGAGGCGGACUACUAGUCUAGGGGGCCGCGUGCCGCCGACCACUUACACUAAACUUGAUCGUGGUAGUUUUAUGAAAUAACAGUGAGCCUUGUGUAAUCAUAAUGUCUAAGGUACAUAAAUAUUUAGUUGUAUUGUAUCGUUAGAUUUACGUGAACUUCCGCUUUGCCAACAUAUUGCGUUGCUUACAUUAUAAUCAUACGAGAGUACAGCCUAAGGAUUUUAACUUUUUUUAUAUACUGAGAGCUAUUUCUAAGUCACUGAUUUUAUACUAUUUCUAAUUAUACGCUAAACAAAAAAUAAAAGGCUAUGAGCCACACUUUACCAAGUUUUGGAGUAUUUUACAUCCCUUUGAGUGCAAUUUUUUAUUAAAAUUCAAAUACAAACAUCAUGGCAUGAUGAUAAUUUGUACGGUCAUUUAGUUAUAGCUCUUCAGAGUUUUAAUGACCAAUAUUUUAACUACAACCGUUUUUUCUUUAUUGUUAAAAUUUUUAGGCUAGUUUAUAUUUUGAAUAAGUUAGAUUUGUUAAUUGUGGUGUAUUACAUUUACAUUGCACGUGAUUAUAGCUCUCACAGCCUCCUUUACAGGUGAUUAUUUAGUUAUUUUUGUAGUCUGAAAUGAUUGUGAUAAAUUUAUUAUUAUAAUUAUAUUGGUUUGUUUUGUAGAACUGGAGUCUUUCAUAUUGUUUAUUGUUGAUACUUUGAGUAUACAAUCUGCAACGUGAUGUAGCGGUAGGGAGAGGCUGUUAGAGCGUUUAUGUAGUCAGCAUUAUAUAUAUGCUUUAAUGUGAUUUUUUAAAUGUACUCUUUAUUAUAGUCUCAUCAAUCAAUAUUAUAAUUAGCGAACUAACAAGAAACCUUUAAUUUUUUUCAGUUCAUAGUGAUUUAUAUUGAGAUCAAAAUAAAUACAGAGUUUAUAUUUUAAUUUUAUGAAAAAAAAUAUACAUUGUAAAAUUAUUCUUUAGUGCUCAUUUUGCAGAGCUCUAUAAAAAAUGAAACUAUAUGAAUGCAAAAUAACAAGUCACGAUUCUUUUAGAAGUCGCCAUGUAGUGGAAAAAAAUAAACGUGCCAUGAUAUUUGUGGCUA